AAGAAGAUUCCACACUCCUAGUCCAGGAGUGUCACUUUCCCACAGAGUUUAGUUUGAUCUUUUUGAUCUUUUUAUCUUUUUGAUCUUUUUAAUUAAACAUACCUGAAUCAACUAGUCGACAGUUAGGUGUGUCGAAACUAAACUCAGCAGGAAUGAGGAACUUGCUUUACAGACUCACAGACAAACCUGUUUUACACACGUCAGUCAAACACAGAACCAGUAAAGUAUUUAAACUCAUCAGCUCAGGGAAAGAGAAACUAAAGUGUUAGUUUAGCUGUUGAGUGUUUGUGUCUCAGUAUUUCUGCAGUAAAAUGGCAGAAGCCAGAAUUUCAGUGGGUCAGAAGGAGUUCAUGUGUCCAGUGUGUCUGGAUCUCCUGAAGGAUCCAGUGACCAUUCCAUGUGGACACAGUUACUGCAAGAUCUGUAUUACAGACUGCUGGGAUCAGGAGGAUCAGAAGAGAGUCUACAGCUGCCCUCAGUGCAAACAGACCUUCAGUCCAAGACCUGCUUUAGCUACAAACACCAUCCUGGCUGAAGUGGUGGAGAGACUGAAGAAGACCAGACUCUCUGAUGACUGUGAUGCUGGAGAUGUGCAGUGUGACGUCUGUACUGGAAGAAAAUACAGAGCCGUCAAGUCCUGUCUGGUGUGUCUGAAGUCCUACUGUCAGAAUCACCUUGAACAACAUGAUAGUUGGUUUAGAGGACCGAGACACAGUUUGAUUGAAGCCACUGGACGACUGCAGGAGAUGAUCUGUCAGAAACAUGAGAAGCUCCUUGAGGUUUUCUGUCGCACUGAUCAGAAGUGUAUAUGUGUGCUGUGUACGAUGGAUGAUCAUCAAAACCACGACACUGUAUCAGCUGUAGCACACAGGAAAGAGAAACAGAAGCAGCUGAAGGAGACGCAGAAGACGCUCCAGCAGAGAAUCCAGCAGAGAGAGAAAGAUCUCCAGCAGCUGAGAGAGACUGUGGAGUCUCAUAAGCGCUCUGCACAGACAGCAGUGGAGGACAGUGAGAGGAUCUUUACUGAGCUCAUCCUCUCCAUUGAGAGAAGCCGCUCUGAGCUGAUACGACUGAUCAGAGAUCAGGAAAAGACUGCAGUGAGUCGAGCUGAAGGACCACUGAAGCGACUGGAGCAGGAGAUCAAUGAUCUGAGGAGGAGAGACGCUGAGCUGGAGCAGCUUUCACACACACAGGAUCACAUCCAGUUCCUGCAGAGUUUCCAGUCUCUCUCAGCACCUCCUGAAUCUACAGACAUAAAUUAUGAUCUCUCCAGUUUUCUCGUCUCUUCUGAUGCUCUGAGAGAAUCUGUCCAUCAGCUGAGAGACAAACUGGAGGAUUUCUGCAAAGAGCAGCUCAAGAAGAUCUCAGACAGAGUUGCAUUCAUCAGGACCAAGAGCAACUUCCUACAAUAUUCCUGUCAGUUCACUCCGGAUCUGAACACAGCAUUUAAACACCUCCGUCUGUCUGAGAACAACAGAGUGAUUACUAACACUAACACAGAUCAGCCGUAUUCUGGUAAUGCAGACAGAUUUGAUCAUUGGCCUCAGGUGUUGUGUAGAGAGAGUGUGUGUGGACGCUGUUACUGGGAGAUUGAGUGGAGCGGAGGUGAUGGUGUGUCUACAUCAGUGUCAUAUAAGAGCAUCGGCAGGAAGGGGGGUAUGGAGUGUGUGUUUGGACGUAAUGAUCAGUCCUGGAAUUUUUACUGCACUCCCUCCAGUUGCACAUUUGUACAAAAAAAUAUAGAUACUGUUCUUCCAAUAAAGUCCAUCAUCAAGAGAAUAGGAGUGUUUGUGGAUCACAGAGCAGGAACUGUGUCCUUUUUCAGUGUCUCUGACACAAUGAGCCUCAUCUACAAAGUCCAGACCACAUUCACUCAGCCGCUCUAUCCUGGGUUUUGGGUUGGUUCUGGAUCAACAUUGAAACUGUGUUGAUGAAUCAGAAUAGGGUGAUGAGAGAUUCUACCCAUAAUUCUUUGAGCUGCAUGAUGAAUCAGUAACAGUGAGAUAUUAUAGAGUGUUUUCUUUUCUCAUAAUGACAAUAAUACCGCAGCUGAAUUUCUUUCAGUGAAAUAACAAUCAGAAUAAAUGUAAUAAAUCCUCAUAGACAGUAAGAUCAGUGUGUGUGUGUGUGUGUGUGUGUGUGUGUGUGUGUGUGUGUGUGUGUGUGAGAGAGGGAGAGAGGGAGAGUCUGCUGAGUGACCAUGGGUUUCUGUGCUUUUGUCUGUUUGUGUCUUUUACUUUUCAAUUUAGUCAGUGUCACAUUAUUUUAUUAUUACUAUCAAAAUUACCUUUCAGUUCAAAUGAUCACAGUCAAUAAAUCAUUGUCAUUAUUAGGGUUGGGUACCGAACCCUGGUUUCCUGCC